UGGAGCCAGGAAAAGCAGAAUCAAUGAGAAACACAGAAGAUAGCCUUUCAGACAAAAUAGCACUCACGCUGGAGGGGGAAGGCCCCGCUGAGCAAACGCUGGAAGGACAUGAGGCGGAGAGACAUUUGAUACCUAGAGGAAGAAUAUUCCAGGCAGAGAGAAUAGCAGUGGAAGGUCCUGACCCAGCACAUGGCCCAGAAAUGACUAGAGACUUGGCUUCAAAAAAGGAUGAAUGCCUGCCCGGCGCUGACUCACCACUCAGCUGCGACUGCCCGGCCAAGAGAGAGGCCGCAAGCAUCCGCACAGGAGCCCCUCCUGCUAAGGUGCCCUGUGCUGGGGGACGGCUGCUCAAAGCCAUCUCUUCUGUGCUGGCUCACGGCCCAGGCUCUUCCCCGGGUCCCUUUCUGCUCCUCCUCAACAUUUGCUGCGACCUCCCGGGGUCAGAGGUCUUGAACGCCUCACUGAGCUCCUCGGGCUCAUCCUGGCAGCCAUCCCCACUGGCUUGUUUUCUCCGCCAGCGGAGCCUCCACCCGGGCAUUCCUGCAGGGGCACGGAGCCAUCGAUCACCUCCUUUCCUUCCCACUCCCGCCUCGGCCCAGCCGGAAUGUUUCCUCCCUCCUUCCUUGGCUGUGAUAGAGAAGCUGUCCGGUAGCGUGUAGAUGAAGACAUCACAGAGCACACAUCUAAGCCCAGUGGCUGUGCCCUGAGCUGCUCUGGUUCAACCCUGCCUGGAGCUUCGAACAAAGAAGACCGUUGCCAUCAUGGACUAACUAAAACGUCGAACAUUUGGCCUCUGGGAGGAACGUGGUGCCCAUACUGACAGAGAUGUUCGCAUGGGGCGAGGAGCUGUGAGAAAGCGCUUCUGCUGAGGUCACCUGUUUGGCAUGUGGGCUGAGCGUGUCUAAGAUGUUACUGCGUGGAUUCCUUUUCAAGCCUGGGAAGCUAGCACAGCCCCAUUUAACAGCUCAACAGGGACAGUUUACCGCUCCUGUGCCCAUGUGUUUGGAGCAUUUGAAGGAUGCUGGCCAUGCUGCAGCUUUGUAGUUGCUCCAGGUCAGCAUCAGUCAUUACCCAGUGAGCUCCAAAUGCUCACGCACCUGGAUGUAGCAAUGUACUAACAAAAUCUUGACGUGGUAGAAUUUACAGUUGGGUAUCUAAGCUUCUCCCCAGUCAUUUAAAAAAAUUCAUUCAUUCAUUCAUUCCCGUACCCGGAGAGCCAAAGAAGUGCCAUAAUAUAUUUCUAGGCCACUAUCAUCACCACCACCUUUAGAAAGAGUGAGAGGAAACCAGUCAGGGGUCCCUCUCACAGCCCCUCGCUGCUCCAGACUGCUUGCAGUGUAAGUAAUCUGCACAAUUUUGGAGGUAAAUUAAAAAGAAGUUCUGCGCUAUUGUUGAUUGGAGGAAGCAUCAAUGUGUGGCACAAAAGCUUCUUCAAACAGAGACUUUUAUGAGGAAACUAGAGAUGAAGGCCUUCCCAUAGCUUUGUCGCAGGAAGACAGAAUGAAACUUACCCUGUCCCCCGCUUCAGAGAAAUAGAAGAUCCAUCAUGCCCGUGUUAGAAACGUGAAGCUGCAGGACUACUCAGGUUAACAAAAUAAUAGCGACUCAGUGCUUGGAGACAGUCUAUAAAUGAGUGCAUCCUGUCAAGACCAAAUCUGGAGACUCUCAUCCUCGAAGAAGAAGUCAGCAUUCACACACACAUCCAUUCCUGCAUGAAGGAAAUAAUUUGCACCAUAAAGAUGGGACCAAACAUAGGCCACUCCCCAUCCACACUGGUGAAGUUACCAGCAGCUUCUUAAUGAGGCAGAACAUGAAACUGAUACUGGAAUCCUCGGUAUUCCCUUUACAGUACAGUAGAGUGUGGGUUGAGAUUCUCAGAAAAUAUCCUUUGUCAUUAUCACUAAUAUUUGUCAGAGGUAAACCACGCUUUUAGGCACAGUUAUUUGUAGAUAGCUAGAUCUUCCUACCCCACUGUUGAAAGAAGCUUUACAUAAAAGGAUACAUAUGUUAUUAUUCCGUUUAUGUAAAACUCAAAAACAGGGUCACUGAAUCUAUGGUAAAAGGAAUCAGAACAAUAAUUGCUUGUAGGUGUAGAGAUGGACUGGAAGGGGACUGAGAAAACUUUCUGGGGUGAUAGAGAUGUUCUGUAUCUUGAUGGGGAGUGCUAGUAACAUGGGUGUAGACAUUUUUAAAGUCACCAAGCCACACACUAAAAUAUGUGCACGUCAGGUUUGUAAUUCUAAGGUAAAAUUUAUAGGAUUUUAAGUCAACCUGAAAGGAAAAAAAUUACUCAAGCCCUUAGGUUACUGUAAAGGAUAGCAUUUUCUAGAAUAUCCCUUCAUCAGAGCACAUUCUUACCUCUCAGGUUUUCAGUUCCCUCUUCCUUUCUAGCAUCUGGAGAUUUUCUUUUUUUAUAGAGACUUCUAUACACUUAUAAAAAAAUAUUCCUAUAUUUUUUUCAGCAUUUCCAGUUGUUUAUCUUAGGCUAAAGAUUAUACUGGUCCACUAUCUGCUGGAAUCAGAAGUUUUUACAUUCUGUAAUGCCUUUGUAGUAUCUUUUGCCUUGCAUUUGAAAUAUAUAUAAAUAUAUACAUCUGUGUGUGUGUCUGUGUGUGUAAAAAGUCUAUCUUCUCUUUAGUAGCUUUGAGAUUCUUAUUUUGGAUUAAAACAUGUGCUUUAAAACCAUUGUCCAAAAUCUGCUAGUGGACAAGCCAGGUUAUGUAUCAGGGACACCUAUAGGCAGUUACCUAUUAUCAGUAGUGUCUGUCUCAAUCCUAUUCCUGAGUGUUGCUUACUGAGCAGCAUGCUGCUGGGGAAAGCACUGAAAAAGAAAACAGAAAACACCAUCAUGAAAACGAACAUAUCCUCUGGGAGCUGGCAGAUGGCUAUGUCAUCCUCUAUUCUUGUUUAUCUUCUCCCCUUUGCCUUAUAUUUUUCUCCUGUGGUUAGGAACCAUGUUUAACUUCCCCCACAAAUGUCACAUUUAACCUCUUUAUUGAGUUUUAGAAAGUGAUUGUUCCUAUAUGAUUAAAAUUGUAUAAAUCAACAUAAAAAGAAUCCAGCUCCAUUUGUGAUAUGAUUUAAAUGCCUCUAAACACGAUGAAAAUCAAUGUUGGGACCACCACUGCUAUUUAUACUUAGCCGUGUUCACGUGUGAUGUUUAGAAGUUCUUCAUCUACUUUGGGAAUUUCCUAACUGCCGUAAAUUUAAACUAACCAUGAUAUCAUCACACUGAAUAUUCUCAUUUGCACUGUAAUAUCUAAAGAAGGGAGAAUGGCACCCAAACUGUGAAAAUGGUGCUUCUGCCGAUGGCAUGUGUUAAUCAGGAUGUGAGAUUGAAAUAUAUUUACUGUGAUGUUGGAGGUUUUCCCACAUAGGUAAUGAUGACGAUGGUGUGUGUGUGUGUGUGUGUGCACGCGCGUGCGUUUGAGAGAGGGAUUUUAAAAUAUAUAUAUAGGUAUGCCUAUGAGAAAAAAUAUGCAUUAUAUAUGUAUGAUAUAUACACAUAUGUAUGUUUAUAAGAAAAUUGUAUUACCUGGAUUCUAAGAUGUACCUUUCUCUCUAUUUUAACAUUUAUACGUUUAAUAGAGUGGCUUGUUUUUUCCCAAAUAUCUAUUGCUGAAUCGAUGGUGCAUUUAUAAUCGAUAGCCUCCUAAUUGUGCGAGUACUGUGUGCACACAUGGAGAGCUGAGACUUUGGUAGAGAGAGUGGCAUCCAAGCACGCAUUUCAUCAGCGCCCAGAUGCUCACCCCUACUACACCAGUGGGGACCCUCACAGAAUCAACAUUUUCUGUUUGUCAGAUUGUGCUUUCUGGGGACUACUUCGAACAUGCGUGCCACAACUAAGACUG